AUGAAAAACCCACAAUCAAAUUUGCCACCAGGGUUUAGAUUCCACCCUACAGAUGAGGAACUCAUCCUCCAUUACCUAAAGAAGAAAAUAUCUUCCGCCCCCUUCCCUGUUUCCAUCAUUGCAGAUGUUGAUAUCUACAAGUUUGAUCCAUGGGACUUACCAGAUAAGGCUGCUUUUGGAGAGAAAGAAUGGUACUUUUUCAGUCCAAGAGACCGGAAGUACCCAAACGGAGCUAGACCAAACAGGGCAGCAGCCUCUGGUUAUUGGAAAGCAACUGGGACAGACAAGCUCAUAGUUGCAUCUUCUAUUGCUGGGAGUUCUAUAGGAGUGCAAGAGAAUAACAUUGGUGUUAAAAAGGCUCUUGUUUUCUACAAGGGUAGGCCCCCAAAAGGAAUAAAGACUAAUUGGAUUAUGCAUGAAUAUAGGCUAUCAGAUACCCCAACUCACAGCACCAUCAGACCAAUCAACAGGCCUAAAGAUUCAUCCACUACUACAAUGAGGUUAGAUGAUUGGGUUCUUUGCCGGAUUUACAAGAAAACCCAUGCUUCGCCUCCACCAGCAGUAGCAGCAGCAACAACUAGUGAUCAAGAUCAAGAAGAUGAAGAAGAAGAAUUUGUUCAAGAAACUCUUUCGCCAAGCUUGAAGAAUCCCAUAAUAAGCAACAAACCGCUUAUGCCCCAAAAAUCAGUUUCUUUCUCAAACCUAUUAGAUGCCAUGGACUACUCUAUGCUAAGUAGUUUCUUAUCAGAUAACCAGUUCAAUCCAAGUGGGUAUGAUUCAACCCCAACAUUAUUCAAUAAUGCAACGAGUUCAGAUCCUUUCUUCAACAACUACAACCCUCCUACCGCUAAUGGCAGCGGCAGCGGCGGCGGCGGCGGCAGCAGCAGCAAUCGUUUCUUGCUUCAAAAGUUACCACAGUUGAAUGGUCCAUUGAUGCCAAAUAUGGAAAACAAGCUCAAACGCCCAAUUUCUACUGUUGAUCAAGAAGACAUGCAUAACCCAUCAAAGAAAAUCAUCAAUUCUUGCUGUUUCACUAACAGUAGCAACCAAACUGAUCACAUGCCUCAUCACCAUCAAUACAAUUUCUUAAACCAGCCAUUCUUGAACCAGCAACUGAUUUUGAGCCCACAUCUUCAGUUCCAGGGAUAA